UUAAAACCAGCUGACGAGAUGUUACGUCAGUUGGUCGGUAUCCGUUACCAUUGGGUGCCUGUUAUUGUUGUCGGCGUUGAUCGUUUCGCGAGACUCUCCGAUCGUUUCCUUUUUCCGUAAUUCAAACGCAUCGACAGUCAUCAUGUCGAAUAUCGACGACUAUUACCUGACCGUGCUUCGUUUAGUGAAGGAGGCUGGCUCAGUAAGUAAGGGUUUCUCAUCGACAAAAUCGACGACAACAAAGGAACAACCGCACGCAAUCGUCAGGGAAAAAAUCAAUCAGCCUAAAGAUCCGAUGAUUAAAACAUGUGAGGUCGAUCUUGUCACCGAAUGGGACCAAAAGGUCGAGGAACUAUUAGUGGCCGGUAUAUCCUCCAAAUUUCCAGAUCAUAAAUUUAUUGGCGAGGAAGAAAGUUCACUUGGUGCGAAAAUUGAAUUAACAGACGCCCCUACAUGGAUUAUAGAUCCAAUAGAUGGUACGAUGAAUUUCGUACACGGUUUACCGCACACGUGCAUAUCAAUUGCAUUAGUUAUCAACAAAGUUACAGAAAUUGGAGUUGUUUACAAUCCGAUUUUAGAACAGUUAUUCACAGCUCGUAAGGGACAAGGUGCUUUUUUGAAUGGGGCUCCUAUUCAAGUGUCUGGGGAGAAAGAAUUACGUAAAGCUCUUGUAAUGAUGGAAAUGGGCACUAGCAGAGACCCUGAGAAAAUGGAAGUUGUAUUGAAAAAUGCAAACAAUCUUCCCCCUCAAGUUCAUGGAAUACGUGCUUUAGGAUCUGCUGCUUUGAAUAUGUGCAUGGUUGCUCUGGGUGGAGCAGAUGUUUCUUUCGAGUUUGGUAUUCAUGCUUGGGAUGUUGCAGCUGGUGAUAUUAUUGUUAGGGAAGCUGGUGGAGUAUGCAUAGAUCCCGAUGGCAGUCCAUUUGACUUAAUGAGCAGACGAGUUCUGUGCGCAUCGACAAUAGAAUUAGCACAAUCAUUAGCCGAAAUACUGGUCCAGUAUUAUCCCGCGCGUGACUGAGAAACACGCUGAUAAAAUGCUAAAGCAACGCAAGAAUUAUCAAUGUUGAUGACCUAUGCGCCAAAUAAUGUACAUGCUUAGUGCAUUUAAGGUUUUUAAACUAAAAUAAUAAAUAUAAAUGUUUAAAGAAUGUACUUAUAUUUUACUUUAUUACAUAAACAUUUGAGACAGUGAUGACAAUAUGUUUAAGAGAUAUAUGAAUAAAUCUAAAUUAAAUAUAAAUUAUCACACAUAUGGUAAGAAAAAUGCUUAAAAACGUUCCAUACUGGUGACGCGGAUAAUGUAGUCUACAAAAAUUUAAUUUCUUUAUUACUAGAUAUAAAAUGCUGUAUCAAAGUGCAAUGCGAAAUAAAUUUA